CGCCUCCUCUGUGAAGUGCGUGUGUACACAAACUAAUUUCGACCGUGCACUCCUAAACAGCAAUUUUAAAAAAUAAUUUGGGAAAAAGUGUAAAGUAUAUAAACCUUAGUGCACUGUGUUCGUAACACAUUUUAGUUUGGGAACAUAAAAAUGAAUUGAGAUCAGAUGUUUCAUCGAUUAGAAAAUUAGCAGAACGUUGGACCAGUUUAGCCGACUUCCAUCCAUUCCAACGACCCGCGACUGGACUUCCUCUCACCACCAUGUUUGGUGGUGAAAAAAACAUUCUUCACAGAUGCGUCAGAUUUAUGGCCCUUGUGAGGUGUCUGGGUUACCCCUUCAGUCUGUGGUGCUGAUAGUAGUUUCAGCAUCCAAGGAGGCGGGGUAAGGAAUGGAACAGCGGAAGAUUCAAAAUGGACGAAAACGUAAGUGUAGUGAACUCUCAGGACCCUGCACCACAGCUGGUCAUCUUCAACCCAGACUUCUUUGUGGAGCGUCUGAAACAUGAGCGUCCCCAGGUGUUCACCGAGCUGGUCCUCAGUAACAUCACCAGGCUCAUAGACCUGCCAGGGGAUGAGUUUGCCCAGCUCACAGGAGAGGCAGACCCCAGACUGCCCACAGCACACACAGGCUUCCUACGCUCUUUCAACUUCCUCAAACGCAAAGAUAAAGGAGUGGUGUUUGGUGCUCCUCUGACGGAGGAGGGCAUAGCACAGAUCCACCAGCUGAUUGAAUACCUCAGCAAGAAUCUCCAUGUGGAGGGGUUGUUCCGUGUGCCAGGCCACAGCCUGCGGCAGGCGGCCCUGCGAGAGAUGUUGAACGCCGGGACAGAGAUAGACCUGGAGACUGGGGACUUCCAUCCUAAUGAUGCUGCCACCCUGCUUAAAGCAUUCCUAGGAGAGCUGCCUGAACCCCUACUCACACACAGACACUACCACGCCUAUCUGAAGAUAGCAGAGCUGACCCAGUUUGAUGAGAAGGGGAACAAGACUUCAGUGCCGGAUAAGGAACGUCAGAUCGAGACCUUCCAGCUGCUGUUCAUGCUGCUGCCUCCAGCCAACUACAGUCUGCUCAAACUGCUCUUGGACCUGCUCUACCACACCGCUCGCAACCAGCACAACAACAAGAUGUCUGCCAUCAACCUGGCCACCAUGGUGGCUCCACACAUCAUCUGGCCCAAACAUGUGCAAGCCAGUGACCUCCAGGGGAAUAUUAAGAAGCUAAACAACUCUGUGGCUUUCCUCAUCAAGCACUCACAGAAACUCUUCAGGGCUCCUGCGUAUGUCAAAGAACUCGCCCGCAUGCAUUUUAAAGGAUCAACCACCUCCCAGUUUACGGAUGGCCUGGCUCUGUGUGGUGUGGGUGCUCACCCCUCCCCCUCUAAGAGGGCUGGUGGGGCUGUGACGAGUACAGACGGGACCACCAGCAGUAACACACACACUGAGCUGGCCCUCAGAGAGCUUUACCAACAGGUCAGCAGCAUGCCUGAGUCUGCCAAGAAGAAGAAACUCAUCAGACAGUUUGCUAAGCAGAUCCCUGGGACGCCAUUGAGUGACCAACAGACACUGUACUCGAAUAGGAAACAUCGCCGCUCACGCUCCUUUGGCGGAAUCCGGAGGAGAGCGUUAGGUACCCAGGGCCCGGUGGAGAAGUCUAGCAGUAGCCUGGUGACUCCAGGACCCAGCAGCUCAGCAGACAGACAGGAGGAGGAGGACAGCAGCUUUGGAUGGGAUUCCUCGUCUCUUAAAAGGAUGUGCUUCUCGCCAACGCAGGAGACGUCGGUCUAGCAGUCAGCUCAGCUCAUCCACAACUUUCUCCUCUCACUCUCAAAAACAUUUAUCUAACUUGGUUUUAAAAUGAAUCUUUUAACAAACAGGGAGACACCCUGAGAGAGUUAAACAGUCAAGUCAUUUACAAGCCAAAUAAUGUGUUGUCUUAAAAGCAGUAGAACCAUGUAGACCAGUAAAUUAGUUUUCAUCUCUUCCUUGUUCUGUUUGGAAAGACACAACACAUGUACACCUCGGUCAUUCUGGUCAAGUAGGAGUUAGAAUGACUAGAAAAACCAGUGAGAACCAAUUGAAAACCCACAUUUUUGUGGUUUAAACUUUUGCAUGUGUUUUGAGUUAGUUACUACUGUGUAGAGCAUGCCAUGUGGACAAACAUUGUCUCGGGUAGGUAGAAGUAAGCUGGAUCUAUAGGGAGUUUGUGCUGGUUUGUAGUAAACGUUUAAGCUAAGCAAAGUGUUUUGAGUGCCUUAAAAUUAUAUUAGCAAAGUAGUAAAGUUAAUGUGUGAUGCAUUAUAUUGAAUUGAAUCUUUAUUUAAGCCUAAGUCCCAUUUGAGAUAGUUUAAUGUAUUCCAGUUGGUGUGACUGUGGAGGCAGUAGCAUCGUCUAAUGUGUUCAGACUGAGCAGAGAUGAGUGUGAAAGAAAGAUAGAGGGAGAGGUGAGUGAGAGUAAAGUCUUGGAACAUGGUAUGUAGGGCUAUGACUGGUUUUCCUGGUCUGGUCAUGUGUUAAGGAAAACCUAGUAGAUGUGAAUGAGACCGUAGGAGUAGCUAAUGGUCUGCUGUUAUUACAACGUGUGUGAACUCACUGUUGCUUUGUUUGGGAGUGUUUCUGUAGCCACGGUCUUAAUCUGUCAACACUGAUUUAUUUUUAUUUUUUCUCUCUUUUUUUCUGUCUCUCUUUAAAUACUUUUUUCAUUUUUACUGUGUUUGUAUUUUUAACUUUUUUUUCUGAGACUACAACCAAAAUGUGUAUUAAUGGUAUUAUUUUUUAUCCGCUUAUGUUUUAUGCAAUAUCUGUCCUUUUUGAUACUGUUACAGAAAAGUUUUUCUAUGCAAUCUGUUACAAUAUUUGUUAUUUAAUAUCACAUGUUUUUAUCCAUGGCCUAUCUGCAUUGGUUCUGUUUAUAGCUAUUUUCAAAACCAGUCAGACAUUGAGUGCUGAAUCCUGACAAGAUUCAACCAUAUCUUCACACAAAUUCUCUACCAACAAUAAUUUUUUAUUUUUACGGAAAUGUGAAUAAUUUACAUCUGUUUCACGAUUUCCUUUUUCUAGUGGCAACAUUAACUUAACAUUUCAGUGUCGGCGGCAUUUCCAUUCUACUGAUCUGACUAUUGAGCAUCAGAAUUAUGUCUGUCAAGCUGUUUCAAUGUGAAUGUGCUACACUUACAACAGCACGUCUGUCAUUAUUGGCGCUACUGUGAAGCUAUGCAACAAACUGCCAUUAAAAUACAAUGAAACAAA